AUGGUUUUGGAUAUAGAGACGUGGGAGCAGACCUUUCAAGAACUGAUGCAGCAGGAGAAACCCUGGGCCAAAUGGACCCUGAUGUUGGAUGGGACCCUGCAGCCAGGCUGCGUGGCCCGAGGUUGGAAGCAAUACCAACAGAGAGCAUUUGGCAGGUUCCGGUGUUCCUCGUGCCAGCGAAGUUGGGCUUCUGCACAAGUGCACGUUCUGUUCCACACGCACUGGGAGGACGGGAGAGCCCGGGGCCAGGUGCUUGUGCGGCUCUUUGCUCAGAGGUGCCAGAAGUGUUCCUGGCCCCAAUAUGAGAUGCCUGAGUUCUCCCCAGAUAGUACCACGAGGAUUCUGAACAACCUGGUGCGGCAUAUUCUGGAGAGAUACUACGGAGGCAGCAUCAGGAAGUUUCCGCAGAUGCCGGUGAUCGCGGAGGUGCCUUUGGAAGGGUCCCAUGACUCGGCCAAUUGCGAGGCAUGCACUCUGGGCUUCUGCGUACGGGGCUUGCAAAGCCGCACCAGAGAGCCGUGCACAUCUCUGCUCCCCUACCAGGGAGCUGGGAGUUCCUCAACUCAAAGCCGUGCCCUGUGCGUCCAAAACCAAGCCAGGAACCAGUUAGCUGAGGCCAAGAAGGCUCCAGGGAGUGUGCGUAGCUUUGUCUUUAUUGGGAUAGGGCCCAGAAGCAGCUGGGGUGAGGGGUCAGAGUUCAGCCACAGCUGGGGUGAGGGGUCAGAGUUCAGCCACAGCUGGGGUGAGGGGUCAGGGUUCAGCCACGGCUGGGGUGAGGGGUCAGGGCCCAGCCAGGGCUGGGAUCCAUUGUUCAUCUCGGUCUGUAUUUUUCUGUUUGCCUUUUUUGUAGGCAACUGCUUUAGACAAGAUUAUUUUAAAUAG